ACGAGACAGAAGAAGACCAUGAGCGAGUCGAUGGGGAGCAUCUCGGGUGUCCAGCCGCGGCCCGUGUGGAUCGCGGGUUGGCUCUACGAGCGGUACGGUCUCGGCUCGUACAAGGCGCGCUAUUGCGUCUGCAAGGGCAGCGCGCUGCACACGUACAAGGACGAAGACGUCUUCAACGGCCAGCUCAAGCUCACGAUCGGCCUUGCGCACAUCGAGCCGUAUGCUGACGAGCCCCAUGCGUUCCGGAUCAGAGAUGUGCGCGGGAAAGCGCGGAUCUUCAAGGCCCAGGACGCCGAAGACUGCACCCACUGGAUGGCGCGCCUCCGGACGGCGAUGCUCGAGGAGCUGCCGGCGUCGCCAUCGUCGUCGUCCCGGUCGUCGACGAUGUCGUGGUCCAUCGCUGCGACGCCCGGCGCCGAGCCGCUCAGCGCCAAGCCGAUCAAGAUCGACCUCCUCGACUUUUCACCGCCGCCCGAAAUCUCUGUCGACGACACGCCACCGACGCCUCUGCCGCCGCGCCAAACCAAUGCCGAGUCACCGCCUCGGCGCUGGACGUCGUCGCUCAAGCAGUUGUUCAAGUCAACGUCGUCGUCGUCGUCGUCGUCGCUGACCGACGUCGUGUCGGUGCCCAUUAUCACGUGGGGCAACGCGGCCAACGCCGGCCUCGCGCGCCAGCUCGAGCGACUCAUGUACGAGUGGUACCGCGACUGGGACUCGGGGCGGCCCAUGAGCGCGUGGCGCAGCGUCAAGCCGCAGGUGUUUACCUUGCACAUCAACGGCAUCCACGUCGAGGACGAGCGCCCGGUGCUCUUCUCGACCACGUUUCCGGCGGGAUUUACGUGGGAGGUCUCGAGUCUCUUCUCGGCGACGCCCAAGAUCGCCUUUGCGUGGCGCCACGCCGGCAAGUUUACCGGCCGGUUUGACAACCUUGCUGGCAACGGACGGGACGUGGCACUCCAAGGCUUCGCGGUCGCCCGCGUCGAUGUGCACGUGCAACGUCUGCUCUGCCUCGAGCUCUUUUUCGACCCAGCGCCGCUCGUCGCGAAUGCCGGCGUCCCAUAUUAAUCCUUGAUGAUGGAGUAUAUUGUCUAUCUUUCUGCGUCCC